AUGUCGACAAAUAACCGCAUCCUUCUUAUCGAUUCUUACGACUCAUUUACCCUCAAUCUCGCUGCUCUCAUCCGUAGAGUCACAGGUGCUGAAGUUGUCACAAUUCAUAAUGACUCUGUUGCUCCUGACAUUCUUAUCUCAAAAUACCUCCCCUUUUUUGAUGCAGUCGUGAUCGGACCGGGACCAGGUCAUCCAGCAAACCCCGCCGAUGCUGGUGUUCUUCCUUACAUGUGGAAGCUUUCUGAUGUUGACUCAGGUCUUUUACCUAUUUUUGGAGUGUGUCUUGGUUUCCAGAGUCUUGUUUUGGCAGCUGGUGGUGAUGUGGUGCGUCUUCCGGAACCCAAACAUGGCCAAGUUGCCAUGAUUGAACAUGAUGGGAAUGACAUCUUCACAGGAAUUGAAGGACCUUUUGAAAGUGUACGUUACCACUCGUUGCAUGGCAAACUGUUGCAGGCUGACGACUGUGAUAAUACCAUAGAGCCACUUGCAUGGACAGAUGACCCUCAUACCACUUACAAGGUUUUGAUGGCGGGAAAGCAUACUCAGAAACCUUUCUGGGGCGUUCAAUAUCAUCCAGAAUCUAUCUGCUCGACUCAUGGCGACACUGUUAUUAAAAACUUUUGGGAACAAGCUAAAGAGUGGUCGGCGGCCAAUGGCAGACGCACAAAAAGUACUGACUCAGGAAACGACUAUCAAGAGCUUAAUAAUUUGUACAGCAUCAAGCCCCAGGCGUUCCCGAAAGAAAUUAAUCAGGUUCAGAAUAAUUUUUACGAUAUUGCAUACACAAGUUUGGAUUUACCUUCUAUUCCUAUGGACUAUGCGGCAGUGCUGAUUGGCGAGGCUCUCCAUAAGAACAACCAAGAUUUCACUUUACUGAAUUCUGCUGCAUUUCCAGGUCGAUGGGGUGUCAUUGGCCUGCUUGAAGAUAAUGAGACUGUUUGUAUCAAGCACUACAAUGAGUACUUCCCUGAGUACGUUUUUUUGAGUAAAUGGAAUGGCUCUGAGCAAAAAAUUAAGCUGAGCGACACCAAGACUGGCAUCUGGGGGUUUCUGUCAAACUACAUGGCUCCCAAAGUUCAAAAGUACAAGGAUGCCAUUAACGUGGAUGACAAUUGCGAAAAUAUACCUGGAAAGGCGCCUCCUGGUGCUACAUUUUGUGGCGGAUUGACUGGCUACCUCUCAUAUGAGGCUCCCCAAGACCUCGAAUCUUACCCAUCCCGUGCAACCCUAGAGCCAAUUGUCAAGGGAGACAAUCGGCCAUACCCUGAUGUGAAUUUGGUAGAUAUUGAACGGAUGAUCCUUCUUGACUCGGCGGAAAAACGGGCUUACGUUUUAUCGCUCAAAGAACGCGAUGGCGUCAAAUCGCCAUGGUUUAAGGAAACUGAGGAGUUGAUACGUGUGGCUUUGACUCAAGAAACCCUAAACAUUCCAGACACGUGCGCCGCAUAUUUUGGUCCUCAAGAGACAGUAAGUGUCCAAAUGCCUGAUAAGGAAAAAUAUAUCAAUCGCAUUUUGGAGGCACAGGAAGAACUUCGUGCGGGCAAUUCAUAUGAACUGUGUAUGACUGGGCAAACUACCAUUACACUCCCGAAAGCAGUGCAUCCAUGGGACUUGUAUAAGGUACUAUACAAACGCAAUCCUGCACCAUAUUCUUGCCUAAUGGAUCUUCCUGGUGCUACUCUUGUGGGCUCAUCACCUGAGAGAUUCAUGAGCUGGUCUGCGCGCACAGGCCGCUGUGAGUUUCGACCUAUUAAAGGUACCGUUAAAAAGUCUGACAGUAUGACUUAUGAAAAAGCGUCUGCUAUUCUCAACACUCCCAAAGAGCGGGGUGAAAACUUGAUGAUUGUUGACUUGAUUCGACACGACUUAAAUGCAUUAUUAGACGCCGUGCGUGUUGAAAAGCUUAUGGGCGUGGAAGAGUACAAGACCGUGUACCAACUCGUUUCAGUGAUUUGUGGUGACCUAGCCGAUAAAGGCGACGAUUCUGCAUAUUCUGGGUUUGACGUACUAAUACACUCAUUGCCUCCAGGAUCAAUGACAGGAGCCCCCAAGAUCCGGUCUGUGGAAAUCUUGCGAGACUUAGAAGAUCGCAUGCCUCGUGGAAUUUACUCUGGUGUCAGUGGAUACUGGAGUGUUUUGGAUGAAGGCGACUGGAGCGUAGUGAUUCGUUCCGCGUUUCAGUACAAGGGCGAAGGCGAAAAUGUUUGGCGGAUUGGUGCUGGCGGUGCCAUUACAAUUCUUAGUGAUCCUGAGGACGAAUGGCACGAGAUGAGCAUUAAAUUAGAGAGUGCUCUCCAAGCUUUUGAAUAG